AUGAGUAGGUAUGCUCUAAAUCCGAAUUUAUGGGACUACACUCCUACUGACGAAGAUAUUGUCUGGUCACGAAAACCGACAGAAUCGAUCAUUGAGGAGGAGAUAAUCGUACAUCACGCUUCGCUCGUGUUUAUUGACGUGGGUGGUCAAACGAAAGAACGUCGUAAAUGGUGUCAAUGCUUCUCCGAUAUGACUUCUGUCUUGUUUUUGAUUGCGUCCAGUCACUAUGACGAGCACUAUCAAGAUCGGGUAACCAAAGAAUUUCGCAACAAAUUGCGUGAGGCCAUGAUCGUGUUCGAGGGCUUGAUCAACCAUGUGGCAUUUCGCCGUGUCUCAAUCAUCAUCUUUUUUAACAAAACAGACAUUCUUAAAGAGAAGGUCGCUGCUGGUCAAUCAAACAUCCGGGAUGAGUUCCCCAACUACCCCGCCCGUUUUGACCCAUUUCGGUUACAGGACGUGCAAACAUUCAUGGUCGAGGCAUUCGUAUCUUUGGUCAAUCAAUCCGCUAGCGAAUCCGCACCUGUACCCGCCACUGCUCGUCCAGCAAUCGCUGGACGUGGUAGUCUAUCCGGUCCAUCAUUUUCCGGAACAACCAGAAACGAUAUCGCCGGUAUUAUGCGGCGUACUUCCGCUCCGGGGUCUGCCAAUACCGCAUUGGCAGUCAGUACUCCAAAACCGAACGUUCCUCCCUUGCGUCGUAGGAUGCUUUAUCGGCAUUUUACAACAGCGGUAGAUCGUAGAAACAUUGAAACUGUGUUUCAUGCCAUGCAAGACACCGUAUUACAAAUAAAUCUGCGCCGAAUCAUGAUGAGUUAA